CCGGGGCUCGGCGCUGCCGUGCGUCACGGGAGGCUGGCGGCCAGCCCCGGCACCGGCAUCGCCACCGGCUGCGGCGCGGCCACCUGCACCGGAACCGACACCGCGCAGCGGCGGCGGGCCCCGACACCAGAACCGGGCGGAGGUACCGAGAGCGGCCCCGGGGCCCCGCGCCCGGGCGGCGGCAGCGAGCGGCGGUCCCCCGGCCGCUGCCCGGCCAUGCGGUGAGGGCUGCCCGCCGGCUCCGCGCAGCGACCGGAGGCACGGCCGAGCCGCGGCUGCGCUCGGUUCGCCGGCCCCGGUAGCGGCGGCGGGCUGGGCUCCGUUCUUCCUCCGCCACCGGUAGGGGCUGCCCCCGGUCCCGGCCCCGGAGCUGUUCUGCCUGCGUGAGAUCUGCGGAUUUCAGCGGAAAAAACAACAACCCAACAUCAAAACAACAACAAAAAAACCCCAGACCCCGGGAAAGUCGGCCCGGAAAGGAGUUGCAACACCCCCGGGCCGGGAUCGCGGGAGGUUGGGCUGCUCUUCGGGUCGAUUCCCACUGCUUUCCCAGCACCCACCAACCGGCAGCCGCUGACGGGAGGAAACUGGGGUGUUUUAUCCACAAGAACCCCGAGAAAAGUCGCUUGGGAUUUAUUUCCUCACUGUCAGACGAAUCUUUUCCUCCUGGAAAGUGAAACGACGGGAUCAGCGUCCUAGCAAGAUAAAACCUGCGUGGCCAUGGCAGAGCCCGGCUCUUGGGCCAGCUGCGGUUCAUAUCCCAUAGCAGCAGGGGAAAUGUCGCUUGCUUGACCGAGGAAUGUUGUUUUUAACCGGGGCGCUGGGACUUAGGGGGGUCACUUGGACAAACGGAACAAGGUAAGGGAUUUCUUUGCAACCCUUUUUUCUUUCCCUGAGACACUGGCCGAGCUUUUCCCCACAGCCCAGGUGACAAGCAAGCCGCUGGUAUCACCAGGGGAGGUUUUCUUUUGCUGCGUGGUUUGCGUUACAUGGUGUACCCCUCUGCCCUGGGACCGGCCAUGGCGUUGAAAGCCAGAGCACUUUACGACUUCCAGAGUGAAAACAAAGAGGAGAUCAGCAUCCAGGAGAACGAGGAGCUCGUCAUCUUCAGCGAGAACUCCCUGGACGGGUGGUUACAGGGCCAAAACAGCCGUGGGGAGACUGGCCUCUUCCCUGCCUCCUAUGUCGAAAUCCUCCGCUCCCGGUCGGGCUCCAGCUACAUGGACUACUCCGUCAGCCCGGCUGGCUCCCCCAGGCACGACUCCUCCUUCUACGCGGCUCCCCCCAACCCCGGUAUCUCCUACCAGGGCAGUUUUGAGGACGAUGAUGAUGAUGAUUGGGAUGACUGGGACGAUGCUUGCACGGUGGUGGAGGAGCCCCAGAGUGAGCCGGGAACCAAUGGGCACCCUUUGCCCAACCUGCAGUACCCGGCAGCCUAUGGGCAGCACCAGCAUGCCGGUUACUGGCCCAAGCCGGCGCUGGAGAGGCAGGACAGCAUGAGCUCCUCCAAGAGGGGCAGUGUGGUGGGGAGGAACCUCAACCGCUUCUCCUGCUUCGUCCGCUCAGGAGUGGAAGCCUUCAUCCUAGGUGACGUUCCCCUGAUGUCCAAGAUUGCCGAGGCAUACUGCAUUGAGAUGGGUUCCAAAGGUCCCCAGUGGAGAGCGAACCCCCACCCGUUCAUCUGCUCCGUGGAGGACCCAACCAAGCAAACCAAGUUCAAGGGCAUCAAGAGCUAUAUCUCCUACAAGCUGACCCCCAGCAACAUCAACUCCCCUGUCUACCGGCGGUACAAGCACUUUGACUGGCUCUACAAUCGCCUCCUGCACAAGUUCACGGUCAUCUCGGUGCCCCACCUGCCCGAGAAGCAGGCCACCGGGCGCUUCGAGGAGGACUUCAUCGAGAAGCGCAAGCGGCGGCUGAUCCUCUGGAUGGACCAUAUGACCAGCCACCCCGUGCUCUCCCAGUAUGAGGGCUUCCAGCACUUCCUCUGCUGCCGUGAUGAGAAGCAGUGGAAGCUGGGCAAACGCCGGGCGGAGAAGGAUGAAAUGGUGGGCGCCAGCUUCCUCCUCACCAUCCAGAUCCCCACGGAGCACCAGGACCUGCAGGACGUGGAGGACCGCGUGGAUGCCUUCAAGGCCUUCAGUAAGAAGAUGGACGACAGCGUCCUGCAGCUGACCAAUGUGGCCUCGGAGCUGGUGCGCAAGCAUGUGGGGGGCUUCAGGAAGGAGUUCCAGAAGCUGGGCAAUGCCUUCCAAGCCAUCAGCCACUCCUUUCACAUGGACCCCCCAUACAGCUUAGAUGCCCUCAACAAUGCCAUCUCCCACACGGGCAAGACGUACGAGACCGUCGGGGAGAUGUUCGCCGAGCAGCCCAAGAAUGACCUGUUCCUUAUGCUGGAUACUCUCUCUUUGUACCAAGGGCUCCUCUCCAACUUCCCAGACAUCAUCCACCUCCAGAAAGGCGCCUUUGCGAAAGUGAAGGAGAGCCAGCGGAUGAGCGACGAGGGCAGGAUGGACCAGGAGGAGGCGGACGGGAUCCGCAAGCGCUGCCGCGUGGUGGGCUUCGCCCUGCAAGCCGAGAUGAACCACUUCCACGAGCGGCGUGUGGCCGACUUCAAGAGGAUGAUGCAGUCUUACUUAAAGCAGCAGAUCAUCUUCUACCAGCGCGUCAGUCAGCAGCUGGAGAAGACGUUGCGCAUGUAUGACAACCUCUAACGCCUGCACUUGCUGCCACGCUGAAGUCAUGCCCUUCUCUAUCCACAGCCUCACAGACCUCCUCUGUUUGUGACAGGCUGAGAACGAACGGGAGCUCCUGACGCUAGUGACCAAAUACCUUUGGGCUUUCUCCCCUUUUCCUGGGCAGGCAGGCCGUGGUCCUGCGGGGAAGGGCUUGCCCGUGGGCUGACCAUGCCACCUCUUUCCCUGGGGACCUCCCGUCCUGCCGCGGGUCUGGCGAGGGCACGGGGAGGUCACAAGAGAGAUGGGCGUGGAGGUAAUGGUGCCGGUAUCUCUGCCCAGUGAUUUUUAGCUUUCUGAAAACCCAGGGUGCCUCCCAGCCCGCUGGGAGAAGGGAUCAAAGUGGUCGACAUUUUGCACGCUGAAAGCUUUUCUGAUGGAAAAAAGAGAAGAAAAAUAUCUUUAUUGGGAAGAGAUAUCUUUUAUGUCACGAGAUAUUUUCAAUACUUUCCAUUUUUCACAAA